CGCGAACGAUAGGAACAGUACACGACAGUGCUGUAUCUUUUUGCCACCAUCGCAUCACCGUGUGAAAUAAACGAAGGACACACCCAGAAAAAUAUUCUUUCUGUACGGACACAAAACGACUUUGAUCGAGGGACGAAAUAGAAGUAAUACAGAAGCGAAAAUAAACUWGAACACAAUGCCUCUACCCAAAAUCGGUAGAAAUAACAAUACCACUGCUACUACAAAAGAUGACGUUGAGUUGCAGCACUUGGUCUCCGAUUGCAGUAACGAUGCGGUCCAGAAAGAAUACUGUGAGGAAAAAUUCGAAACAGUAGACACCACCAAGUCAACGGCAAACAGAUACAGCAUGGGGAGCAAAGGAUUGAUCUCGUCUCUACUGGAACGUUUGCCACAACAGCCCUGCUUGCAACCAGUCGCAACGUGGCUUGACGAGCGCUGCAGCGUUAAAAUGCUGCUUAAGGUGUGGGGUCCACGGUUCGCUUUUGUAGCCCGUCUGCUCCUUGUCGCUACCUUUCUCGAUGAUUCAGUUCGCACCGUUUCAAAUUUUUCGGACCUAGCAAAUCAGGUCGGAGAGAACUGUUUUUUGUUUCAGUKGAUGAUGGACGAUAACCACACCAGCAAUGCCCCCGCGGUUCUCGCCAGAGUCGCGCUUGCAAUUGGUCUCCUCUCCCAGUUCCUGGGCUCACUUUGCCUCUUGGCACUGAUCCUGGCCGAUGCUUCGACGAAGGUACUCAUUGCCUGGGUAGUACUCCAGCCAGUCUUGUUUGGUCAGGUCUCGAACCUUGAGUUCAUCUUCGAGUCAGUGUCAGUGCUCGGCGGAUUGCUCCUGCUACGUGCACACACCGUCUACCUCUGUGGUCACGACGAACAGAGCCAUGCCACCAAUAACAAUUAUCCAUGUGUGUCACAGUGUCCAAACCAACGGAAUGGUUCUGCGUUGUUCCCAUCAUCGACACAAACCGCAARUACUCAUACUCGCAACUGCCACAGAUACACACAGCUUGCCGGYCGCACGAUGCUCCCGGCAAUGCACCUCUACUAUGCAGGCCUCGUGUUGUCUUCAGCGAUAACCCUGGACGAGACUAGUAACAUUGGAACAUACCUCUCGUCCCUCUCAGUUUUUGUGGUCGAGCUCCUUGCUCUACUGGGCAUCGUCAUCGGUAUUCUGCUCAUCUCUGUCGGGCUCCGCUCGCGCUUCGUUGCACUCAUGCUCGCACUUGCCAACACUCUUUUCGUCUGCUACCGGCAUCCCUUCUUCCGUUUCAUUUGGAUCGACGAGGCCACGGGCGAUUGGAGGRUAGCCAGUUUGGACGACGACGAGGCAGAUUUAAGCCACAAGAUGUGGAUGACGAGCGUAGUGGAUGUAAAUUUAAAUGGCUCGCUCCCUGAAAGUAACUUCGAGAUCGACCCUUGGAGGAUCUACGAUCUUCAUCGGUACUAUUUUUUUCUGGGUCUCUCAACUUCGGGGGCGCUCUUGUUGUUGGCCCAGAUCGGUCCUGGGACCAUCGCUAUUGACAGGAACGAAGUUCUCCUUCCGGUUACUAGAGCACAAGACUAGUCGUGGACAAAGAAUUCAACAGAGGAAACUCCUAGGUAUGUUCCGGUGAGUUGUCGGUAUUAUGGCGCUAUCAAUCUUAAUCACAGAAAAUACCGUACCAGUUUAAUGGAUAUAAAAUUACACCUAGAAU